CACACUGGGACGGAGUACUCCAACCAUAACCAAGCCAUGUACGAAUGUAGUGCUGCAACAGGCUGGAUGUGGAAGGUCCGUCUCUAUUUGCCUGGUGGCAUGAGUAUUUUCCAGUCUGUCAAUGUUGGAGUGUGUUCUUCUGCCUACAUUAACCCGUUUGCUGCGGUGGUUGCUAGUGGUCUGACCAUCACCAUGUCGGGACCUGUUGACAUGGCAGCUAUAGAGACGGAGAUGAAGCACUACCUGCUCGACCAUAACCUCUGCACUCUGCCAUGUCAGGUUGGCAACAUCGAUCUGCAAAUUGAUCCUAUGGCCAGAGUUGGGCCAUGGGCAAAGAAUGCAAGAUCCAACAGCCGUGUCUUGAUGUCGAUCCAACUGUUCUCCUAUGCAGAUGAAAGCCUCAUCACUCCAACUAACACAGUUCAAAUGGAGUGGGUUCGACUGGCUGGAGAACUCAGUGAGGUGCUGACAACUCUGGACGAACCAGGAGGGAUUGGUCUGAGAGUCCAGGGAAUGGAUAUGGUGCUCCAUGCUGAAAACAUGCAGAUCUCCCCUCCCAGUCUGGGAUGUCAGGAGGGAGAAGUACUCGAAGGGGUUCAGUGUAGGCAAUGUGGCCUAGGCACGUACUAUGAUAUGUAUGAGAACGACUGUCGCCCGUGUCCGUACGCUACUUACCAGGAUGAGUUAGCACAAACUGAGUGCAAACCAUGUAAGGAGGGGACCACAACUGCUGGAAUGAGUGCCCGCAACUCCACCCAAUGUCAAGCUUUCGCUGAGUGUAACUGUGGCAUCCAUCCCUGCAAGCUGACCGAUGCAGCGGGAUACGUCUGUGAUUGUCUGAAUGGGUACCAAGAGGAGGAUAUUGCAGGGGAAUUACUGUGCAAAGACAUUGAUGAGUGUAUGCAGCCAGACAUUUGUCCCAACGCUGCAUGCUACAACCGCCCAGGGACCUACUCCUGCCAAUGCUUACCAGGAUUUGAGGAGCCAACCUGUAUUGAUAUCGAUGAGUGUCAGUACGUGGGUUUCUGCCCAGACAACUCCCAAUGUACCAACACACCGGGCAGCUACAACUGCACCUGUCUACCUGGACAUUACGGACCCAACUGUGAAGAGUGUACACCAUUCCAGGGUAACUGCUACUCCGUGUCAGAAACCCCCGGGUCGUAUGACCAGGCCAAGCAGGAGUGUAACGACAGGGGCGGGAUUCUGGCGGUCAUCAAGGACCAGAUGACCCAAGACUUCUUCAUCCAGCUCCUGUCAGUGGACAACAAGGACGUCUGGUUUGGGUUGUCCGAUGAGCAGGGCACUGGACAGUGGCAGUGGAGUGAUGGAACUACCCUUGACAGUAACGCCUACACUUUCUGGGCCAAUAACGAGCCCAACGGUAAUGGAAACUGCAUCCACCUCUGGCCACCUGUCGGAUUCCACUGGGAUGACAUGGGAUGUUCCAGCACCACCUACCACAUCUGCCAGUUCACUUUCUAGCCUGGCAUGUUGCAACACCGACCAAUUGAACUUUUUGAGAGGCAGUAAAAAUAUUGCUUUGAAUAGCACUAAAAUGUUGAAGAAAUUGAAUAUACUUAUUUUUACACAUCAAUCUUAUAAUCAUAUUUUGUAAGGCUUAGAGAUUUAUUAGUGACUCAUAAUGACAUAAUGACGAACAUCUAGCACUUCACUAUGUUACUGUUCACAACAUUUACAAUAAUUAUUAUGUAUGUUGACAGCUCUGAAUUGCUGAGGCCUAGGUGAAAAGAAUUGUUGUGCUUCCAGGUACUCAACCGGCAAAAAUGUUUCAGGCCUAGCCUUUUUUGUUGUGGUUUGCGGGCAAAGACAUAUGACAACAGAGUUAUGAAAACACUGUAGAGUCGUUUUCCAACAAGCUCUUAACAUGUCUGCUUCCCGCAGUAGAAACGUGAUUCAAACAGACCUAUCGGUCCUAGAUUUAUAUUGACACCCAGUAGGUUCCUUUAUAUUGACAUCCAGUUUAUCUAGAUAGCCAGGAUCUACAAAGGAAAAGAGAGAAUUCGUUCCUGCCUACCAUUAAUCGGAAACACAACUUCUUUUCGAGGCCUGAGUAGUCUUUUCAAAAUGAAGAAACAUCUAUUUUGUUCUUGUGUUUUUGUGAUGCAAUUGUUAAACAAAUUUCAGAGCACACUGUUGGAUUAUAUUUGGAUACAGUAAUGUCAUAUAGAUGUUGUUUCGCCUCUGCUUUGCAAUAAACUAGCUUAUGAGCUUGGAUUUGCUGUGUUUGCUGUGGAAUCUAAGAUAGACAAGAUCAAAGCUUUAAAACAUUCUAAGCAAGAGUUACAUUGAAAGCAAAUAAAAGACAUUCUGGUGAAAGAAUGCCAUGCAUUGCAACUAUGAAAUCCAAUGAAUAAAGAAUCCCAAAGUUUCACAUAAAUUUAGAUACGCAAAUAUCUUCUGGUAGGCGGUGACAAAUUUCUCAACUAAAGUUUGAAACCUGUGAUAUGUAAGAUUUACAGUUUUUCAGUAUUGUAAAUAACGUCAGAGUUUCCUUGUGGGUGUUGUGUCCGUGAAGAAUGACAACCUGCCCAUCCCUGUGACAAGUAUGAUCCCUACCUGGAAUAUAGACCACCAUAGCACACUGACGCUCAACUGUUCCGCGUUCCCUCUU